GGGCUAUAAAACAGACGAGCCGGAAGUAUGGUAAUAUUUACGUGCCCGCCCCUUUUUAAACGUAGUAUGUAAGAUAAUGUUUGUUGUGUUUGGCCAUUUGGGCUUCAGAACCGCCGACAUUACACAACAGGAUGGACACAAACGGACCCUCACAUCACAGACAGGCACGUACUUCAGUAGAUAUGACACGGAGCAUGGAGGAAGAGUCUUUACUGGAUGGACCGUUGAUCUCUGCUGACGCCCUCCACUCCGCUAUCAGAAAAGAGUUUCGAUCUAUACCAACACACGUCCAUGCCUUCUUGCUGACUCUGGUGCAUGUUCUCUAUGUGGUGGCAUCGGUGUGUGUAGCAGUGUUGUGUGUGUUGAAAUUUGGUCAGGAGGAGAUGUGUUCGCGUGUGUUUGGAAAUGUUCCAGGUGAAAGUGCCAUUGUUCUCGGAAAGGUGGGUCUGUGGCUGCUGGUGCUGGUCUUCACUUGGUUUGUGCAGCACCAUCACAACCGAGCCAGAAGGAGGGGAUACCUGCGUUUCUAUAGACUAAUGUGUAGAUUAAAAGACCUGCCGUUCACCAUACACUCUGCAGGAAAUGUUUUGGUGUUGAUCAAUCUGGUUGCUGGACUGUCACAGGCUGUUCGCAUCUACCUACUGCUCACUAUCCUUGGGGUUGAGCUCCUGGUGGUUCUUUCAUGUCUACUCUUUUAUAUAGUCAAGGUGCACCGGUUCAACAGCGAGAGAGCGGCGCCAGAUGUGAGCCAAGAAGAUCGAUCACACAGCUACAGCGUCACGAGUCAGCCCACGGAGACCGGCUUCAGAGAGGGCUCCAGUCUGGAGGAGGUGGUGGAGAAGCAGGCUGACCUGAUCGAGUACCUGAAGCAGCACAACACCUUGCUGAGCACCAGGCUGCUCAGCCUCACGGCUCAGCACUGACCCCAGCCCGGCUUCCGGCAGGAGAGAGGCCCGAUCGCGUCUGCGCGCCGACUGAAGAUCUGUGGCUUUCAAAGGAAGGACUGAAGCUGCCGCCGUGGCAGCAUUAAGCCCUGAAGUGGGUAAAUGCACCUGUACGCACACAGAGUGGGCCGGCGCGGCUUCUGAAGGCAUCCCACCCUGAGAUGGACAGAUAACAGGAGGUGAGCUGAAAGUGGAGGACAGUUAAGGAGGCAGAGUGGGAGGAGGAGGAGAGGAGUCAUGGGUCACAGAUCAGAGGUGAGGGGUUUUUAUCACUCUUUUACGACCCCAUUGAGCCAUGUAUGCAGCUGCUUGUAUUACUUUAGAGAAACAAAAGAGGCUAAAUAGUUUUAGAGGUCAUCCACACUGAAGAGCUGAAGGGAGACGCUUGAAUUCAUCAGGGUUAAACUAUAAGGUGAAAAUGCCCAAGUGCUGCUUUCUGUCUGGAUGUAGGUGUUGCUUCAUUCCGUUUGUUUUUCUACCUAAUUGUUUGUAUAUUUGUGAUCAGAUUCCAAUAAAUCAUUAUUUUGCCCA